ACCAUGAACUUCCAGUGUGAACUUGUUAUACUGAUACUUGUGCUGACUCUUGAUGAUCAAGUUCAUACAGGAAAAAUCAUUGGAGGUCAUGUGGCUGUUCCGCAUAGCAGACCCUACAUGGUGCUUUUGGAGAUGACUAUGCAGGAUGGAAGAACAAAACACUGUGAUGGCUUUCUGCUAAAUGAGGAUUUUGUGAUGACUGCAGCCCACUGCGAAGCCAAGUCGUACAAAGCAUUUUUAGGACUUCACAAUUACUUUAAACAGAACGACAUACAGUUUGUCUUUGUGGAACAAGCAUUUCCAAGUAAGGACUACAAUAAAACUGGAUAUAAGAGUGACAUAAUGUUACUCAAGAUGAGCUCCAAGCCACGUCUCAGCGAAACUGUGAAGCCUAUUGCUCUUGCAGGUCAUGGUGACGUCUCCCUGCCAAAAUCAUGUAUAAUCUCUGGCUGGGGCGCAACAGACAGGGAAGACUUCACUAUGUCUCAUUUACUCAUGGAAGCCAAUGUAACACUAAUUGACAGUGAUCAGUGUUUGAAAGAACACUCAUACUGCUCUAAGGGAGACACUGGACCUGGUGUGGGAGACUCUGGUGGACCACUGGUCUGUGAAGAUGGAAAAGCAUAUGGGGUGGUGUCCUCCAUCUUCAAACCGCAUAAUGGUGGCCCACUAAUCCACCAUUAUGCCAAGAUUCCUGACUACAGACACUGGAUCGAUUCAGCGAUGAAAUAUAAUGCAAAUCUCUAAUACAUGUUACACUCAACUGACCAAAUCCUAUUUGAAUUCGAUGUAGGCUACUUCAUUUGAAAUUGUAUAACACUGAAGAAUUUCAAAACUGAGAAUUAAGUUACUAUUAUCACUGGCUCCAUAGCAAUGACGCUUUUAAAUAUGCUUUGCAUAGAUUUAAUCCAAAUAUACUUUCCUUUGAGCUUUCCAACUUAUACCAAUCAAAUUCUUGCUCAGGAAGUUAAAUCAAAACAUUGAAAAAAGACAAAUAUGAUUUG